CCUGCAUUGCAGGCAGAUUCUUUAUCAGCUGAGCUACCAGGGGAGCCCAUAAGCUAGCAAGUAGUACUAUAGGUGGAUUUGAACCAGGAGAGCUGGUUGAAUUCAAUACAAAAAUCACUAUCUUCCUCCAUUCAAAUCAUACCAAGUAAGCAUCUACUGAGCCAAGUUCUGUGUUGGUGGCUUUUGCUUCUGUGGGGCAGAAACCUUUUCUUUCCAGGCUCUUUGCCCAGUGUAAUAAUCAAGUUGACAUAAGUCAGAUGAACAAGUUUAAUUUGCUAUGUAUUGGAACCCAAUAAAAACUCUAAGGCACAAAGACAGUCAGGCAGUUGAGACUUAUACACUCCACUGAGUGAAGGAAGAAGUAUAGGCAGGAACCCAGGGCUUCAAACAAGAGGAAGAGAACCCACAGGAAAGAAGGGAAGAACCAACACUUGGUGAACAAAUGUUUGCUAUUCCAUGCAGGCAAGUCUUUCUGAGAUAAAAAUGUAUCUCUGGUAAUAGCUCUCCUCUAGGCAUAGGCCUCUAAACUACGUUAUGUUGAGCAGUUAAGGGGAGUGGCAAGGAGUUUGGGUCUGCUGGGUCUUCAUUGCCUUCAGCUCAAAACUAUCCAUAUUCCAAAGGGGCACAAUUUGGGGUAGAUGCAAUCCACUCCACCUUUCCACUAACUUUUAAAAAGUAAUUAAAAAUUAGUGACUGUGUGGCACCCUUGUUGCUGCGUGUAGGCUUUCUCUAAUUGUGGCGAGCAGAACUGCUCUCUAGUUUUGGUGCGCGCAGGCUUCUCAUUGUGGUGACUUCUCCUGUUGCAGAGGAUGGGCUCAAGGCACAGAGGCUCAGUAGUUGAGGCUCACAGGGUCCAGAGCACAGGCUCAGUAGUCGUGGUGUCCCGGUUUAGUUGCCCCUCCGCAUGUGGAAUCUUCCUGGGCCAGGGAUUGAACCCAUGUCCCCUGCGUUGGCAGGUAGAUUCUUAAACACUGUGCCACCAGGGAAGUCCCUUCCAGUAACUUUGAAACAUGUUAAAAGGCUUCUUUAUGUUUGAAGAAACCAACGCUCAGAAACGGAGAACUUACCCCAAAUGUCCUUUCACCAUCUGCCCCCCAUCACUCCAUUGCUCCAUGGAAUUGGACUCCCGGGGCCAAGGGCCAAUGGACAUUCUUCAUGGCUUGGUGUCUUCCUUUCUCAGCAGAUCACAGCUCCUCAACUCCAUCUAGGAUGCGGUGUCAGGAUCCCCGUCAGUGUGGUCAGAAGCUGAUCCGCAGGCAGCCACUGAAGCCCAGGAAAGAGCCUGUGAUUUUUCUGUCUCGUCAUCUGAACAUCUUCCACCUGGUGGUCUUGGGUGUGGGCAGCACCCUGGGGGUUGGCGUGUACAUUGUGGUUGGAGAGGUGGCCCUGUUCGUCGCUGGACCAGCGAUCAUUGUCUCCUUCUUGGUGGCCGCCCUGUCUUCUGUGUUGUCUGGGCUCUGCUAUGCUGAGUUUGGGACACGGAUAAAGUGGACCAGUUCUGCAUAUCAUUAUAGCUACAUCAGCUUGGGAGAACUGUGGGCUUUCAUCGCUGGCUGGAACCUCAUACAGUCCUAUGUCUUUGCUACUGCAAGUGUGUCCAAGGCCUGGAGCUACACCUUUGAUGGCCUGAUCGGGAACCACAUCUCUCAGGCAUUACAGAGAGCCUUCUCUCAGUACAUGCCUGACUACCUGGCCCGGUACCCAGACUUUAUUGCCCUGGCCGUGGUGCUGCUGCUCACAGGGGCACUUGUUCUGGGAGCUCGUGAGUCACUUCUGGUUACCAGAGUGUUCACAGGCAUCAACGUCUUGGUUCUCAUUUUCAUCAUCCUCUCUGGCUUCUUCAAGGGAGACCUGCACAACUGGAAGCUCACAGAACAGAACUACACAUCCAUCACACCUGGAUCGGGUGGCAUUUCUAGCUUGGGUCCUCUGGGUUUUGGAGGAUUUGUGCCAUUUGGCCUUGAUGGAAUUCUCCGGGGAGCAGCGAUAUGUUUCUAUGCACUUGUUGGUUUUGAUGCCAUUGUCACUAAAGAGGAAGAAGCCCUAAACCCUCGUCGUUCCAUCCCCUGGAGCAUCUUGAUCACGAUCUUCAUCUGCUUUCUGGUGUACUCUGGAGUCUCAGCCGCACUCACCCUCAUGGUGCCCUACUACCUGAUUCACCCUGAGAGCCCCUUGCCGCAGGCUUUUCUCUACAUUGGCUGGGACGUUGCCAGAUAUGUUGUGGCUGUUACCACCCUCUGUGCUCUUACAUCCAGGCUCCAGAGCAUCUUCUUCCCCAUACCCCAGGUGAUCAGGGAUAUGGCACAUGAUGGACUCCUUUUCCGGGGACUUGCCAUUGUCUUUGCUCAUACGAGAACCCCCAUCAUGGCCAUCAUGACUUCUGGAAAUAUUGCAGGGCUCUUGGCAUUGCUCUUCAAGUUCAGUGACCUUGUGGACCUCAUGUCAAUUGGGAAUCUGCUUGUUUACUCCCUGGUGUCUUUCUCUGUGCUUGUCCUCAGGUACCAACCAGAACAGACUUUAAGCAAGAAGGAGGAAAUUGAUAUUUCAAAACAUGAAGCAAGUCCUUCAGAACCUGUACCUGAAGCAAGACCCUCAAGGAUUCUGAAGACUCUGUGGUUCCCUACCAGCACCAUCCCCACUCUGAAAUCUGGUCAGAUUGUCUAUGGAUGUACCUCCCUGAUUGUUCUCCUGCUGACCAUCCUGAGUGUGAUCCUGGCCCAGUGGCCCAGCCAGAUGUUCUCUGGAGACCCCGGGCUCACAACAGUGGCUGUGCUGCUGCUGCUGCUCAUCACUGGGGUCACAGUCAUCAUCUGGAGGCAGCCCAAGGACCCAGCUCCUGAGUACUUCAAGGUCCCUGCUCUGCCUGUCCUCCCACUGGUGAGCAUCUUUGUGAACGUUUACUUGAUGAUGCUGAUGACCCCGAGGACUUGGACCCAAUUUGGCAUCUGGAAUGCCAUUGGAUUUCUCAUAUACUUUGGAUACAGGAUCCGACACAGCCUGGCAGGGAAAAAUCAUCAACAGCCACCAGCCUCCACCUCCCAGACUUGACAAAAACAUCCCUGAUGCUGAGCCAUCUUAACCACAGGAAGUAGAUGCUCUAUGGACUCCCUCCAUGCACUGGAGGAUCUUCUGUUUCAAGGGGCACCGUGAGCCUCUAUGGACUGUGAAGGCAGAUGCACUUAGAGCCCUGUAUUUUAUUGUUCUUGGACACAGUGACUGUAAAUUUGCAUAAAUUUUAAAUAAACUUUUAAAAAUUUUGUCAAGUGCAGCAAGAUGAAUUUUCACAAAAAACUACAAUGUAAGCAGCAACCAGAAGAAGAAAUAAAAUACUCACCUGCACGCAAGAAGCUCCCCCUCCUGCCUCUUUCCGGUAAAAACACCAGGGACUCCCAUAUGGGAAGGAAAUUCAGGUAACACUAUAUGUGUCCAGUAUUGCACUUGAAAUAUUAGGACACAAAUAUAUUGGAAGUAAAACGAAAAGAACAGAUACAUUGUGCAAACAGUAACACGAGAAAGCUAGCAGGGCUGCAUCAAUAUCGUACAAAGCUGACCUUAAGGAGAAGAGAGUGAUAACAGAUAAAGUGGAUCCUUUCAUAAUGACAAAGGGAUAUGCUCAUUCAUGCCUUUCCUCUGGUGUUAUUGAGAUAUAGUGUCAAUAGUGAAAAUAAUCAUUUUUCUUGACUUUUCUGUCUCAGACUCUUAGAGCUGCACAGUAGAGUUAAUUAGGAAAAAUUCUUAACUGGGGAAAAAAUCGGCACUGACAGAGGUGGGUCAAGGGUUUGUUGAUAAAUGUUGAGUGGAACUGAAAAAUAGGAAGUGAAGCUGAAAAGACAAGUUUAAGCUGUUGCAGGACAGAAUGCUUGAAAUGGAGAUUAUGAACAAUGAAGACAGCGGUUAUAAUGAAGUAGAGGAUUGGUUGUGGGAUUGAGCAACUGAAAUAGAGAGAAGGAGGGAUGAAAGUCAAGAAACUGAAUAGCAAGCUUCCCUGGCAGCACAGUGGUAAAGAAUCUGCCUGCCAAUGCAGGAGACACAGGCUUGAUCCCCGAUCUGGCAAGAUCCCACAUGCCAUGGAGCAACUAAGCCCCUGGGCCACAACUACUGAGCCUGUGCUCUACUGCCCAUGAGUUGCAACUACUGAAGCCUGCAUGCCCUAGAACCUGAGCUCUGAAACAAGAAACACCACCACAAUGAGAAGCCUGUGCACUGCAGCUACAGAAAAGCCUGUUCAUCAACCUAGACCCAGAACAGUCAUAAAUAAACAAAUAAAUGAAAUUACUUUUUAAAAAAGAAAUGGAGUAGAAAACUCAUGAGAUGAUAUAAAACUAGAUGGAAGACUGGACCUCGCCAGUGGUCCAGUGGUUAAGAAUCCACCCGUCAAUGCAUGAGACACUUGUGUUGUGUCUCCUUGGGGCACAAGAUCCCACUUGCCAUGGGGCAACUAUGCCCAUGGGCCACAGCU